AUGGUCGCCAGCUCCAGAUCCUCCUCGCUGCGAACUGCGGUGCGACCGCCGCCGCCACAGCAACAACCUCACCAAAAUGGAGGAGGAGGAGGAGCAAUUGAAGAGGACAUCAGCAGAAAUGACAAGACUGCUAACAUCAUGCACGCCACAAAAACAGCAAUCCUCACGACCAGCAAAAGCCUGCCAAACCUGAAAGAAAAUAACACCUCAUCAUCCCCUCCGCCUCCGAACCCGCCGCCGCCCCGUCGCUCGCAGAUCAAUAAUAAUAACAACCAUCACCACCACCACCACCACCACCGCAUCGCCCAGACUACGCUCGACAGCUUUCUGAAACGAGACACGCACGUCAGCGCAGAGAAUGAUGAGCAGCAGCAGCCGCCUGCAAAGAAAGCGCGUCGCAUGAAUAAUAAUAAUACUGAUAAUUUCAACUAUAAUAAUAAUAUCACCAUCGCGCCACCGAAACAGCCCCUCCAGAGUCGAGACUCGCUCGAUCCGCUCAGCAUCAUCACAACAAAAACGCCUGAUUCUCUGCGCUCUCGUGCGAGAGCGAAUACAUUCAAUACGGCUACUACGUCGCCUACUCGCUCAACGACGACGGCGACGGCGACGCGCGCGACGCGACAUGGCGAGCAGAAACCGGUUAUUAUAGCGAAUGACGACGACAGGACAGACCGUGAUGGCCCCCCUCCGGUUGGAGGAAAAGCAGGAGGAGAACAGAAAAAAGUCCCAGAGAAACGCUCGCUGCGAUCACACGAUGGCGGUUCACGCUCAAAGAGCGAGUUGGCCAUGUACUUUCCAAGCUACGAGCAGAUUAUUAGUCUGGAGCCUGUCAGGCCCGAGUUUCUUGCUCCGGAGACUAUGGUUGCGUUGAUAGAUGACUUGGCUGAAUCGCCGCUGCCUCCUACGUCGUCUUCCUCUCCGCUUGACUCCUCGUCGUCUCCGUCUCGAACGCGGAAGCAGCGAAAGUCGAUUGAUCAGAUCUCGCCGUUUAGCAAUCCGCUGCUCGAGCUACACAAAGUCGAGAAAGUGGAGCUUGCUCAAGUAGAUAAUGAGCAUGGCGACGACCCUCUCGGCGACGACAUAUACUUCAAAGCCCACAGGCGGCAUGAGCGGCAAGAAAAACAGCUCCGAAAUAUAGAGAAAGAACGCGCCCAGCACGAGAAAAUCCAGCUGGACCGACUGCUUGAUGAGCUACAGGGCCACGAUUGGCUGCGCGUUAUGGGAAUCAGCGGCAUUACAGAUACAGAAAAGAAGCUGUACGAGCCGAAACGAGACCAUUUUGUGCGCGAAGUCACGGCUCUUAUUGACAAGUUCCGCAUCUGGAAGGAAGAGGAGAAGCGGCGGAAGAUGGAGCGUGAGCAAACAGCACUCGAAGCUGCUGCUACUGAGCAGGAGGAAGAGGAGGGGGAGGAGGAGGAGGAAGAAGAAGAAGAAGAAGAAGAAGAAGAAGCACAGCCUUUGUCUGAUAAUCAAAGCUAUGGCACCCCUCCAGAUCCCAACGACGUCGACGCCUGGGCUGCACGCCAGCUUUUGCAAGAAGCACGGUCUGCAUCGUCCGUCAACGGACACGCUGCUCCAAGACGCCGUCUCGUCGACGAGCUUACUGGGUCUCCGCCAAACUCACACAAACAAUCACAAAGGGCAGCCCAAAAACCACUACCACCAACACCAACACCUCAAAAACAGCGCGAGCCCUCUGAAGAAUCAGAACCAAACCCGUUUGUAUCCUUCUACCCAAAACGGCACCUCCGCGACGCUGCCCUCUCAGCGCGCCGCGGCGGCCGUAAUCGAUCUGCUUUUGGGCAGCCGUUACCAGAUAUUGAAGAGCACGAGUUUCGGCUUCCUUCGGAUAUUCUGACGGACGAUGUUAUUCAUGCUACCGAACGCAAGCGGCGACGACUAAAGCGGGAGAGUAGGGGGUGA